AUGACAAGCUCGAAUGCUAGCGGUUUGUCCACGCUUUCGGUGCUGCAUUUUCAUGCUGCGAAAAGAAACGUACAACGCCCAGUCAAUGGCUCUGCUCUAAUAUUGGAAGCCUGGUCCCAAGGCCUUAUGACGGGUUCACUCGACAUAAUGGCUGCAGUUACUUAUGCGAACAUGCGACCGGGCGUUUUGCUGCACAAGCUGAUAUUAUUAGAGUUGAUUCUGGCCUUGGCACACGGAACAUUCAUAUUUGCCCCGGACCCUGUAUAUGGUUGGUAUCUGGCCGCAUCCGCGAUUGGAUUAAUUAUAUCCUGGUCUUUGCACAAUGUUAUCGCGUGGAUGAAAAACAGGCCGUUCAUGGGGCGCAGACUGUCGCUCUUCUAUGUCGGCACGAUCAUCCUGGCCCAGCCGUACUGGGCAACUGAGAUUUAUGCGAACUUUGCCUACUUCAACAAUAUAAAUGUUACUGUUUAUGAAAAAAUCCGCCCCUGGGAGGCACUAUUUCGCGACCCAUGGUGGAUUUAUACCACCUGUAACCUUUUUUGGGUGGUCAAGGCGCACUACAACUUUGGCAUCCUCGGGUUAGUACGUGAGUGCCCUCGAUUCGGGCUCAUGCUGGCAUCAAUGUGCCUCUCUAUCGUCUUCAUUCCCCUUGACGUUAUUAGCGUGACUGGGGCAUUCAGGUCCGCUAUGCCAAUAGGCAUCAACCCUUUCUGGAAACUAUGCUUUAUGUUCAAAUGCCUGUGUGAUAUCAUUAUUCUGGACGAUUUCAAGACUGCACUUGACAAGCUAAGUGCGAGAUGGCUUAUGAGGCACGGGAUUCACGAAGUCCAUACUUUAGGUUAG